AUGAGUUACGGCGGACGAGGCGGAUAUGGUGGUCAACAAGGCGGCGGUGGCGGCUAUGGCGGCGGUGCUAAUGGCGGUUAUGGUGGUGGCAACCAGGGAUACGGUGGCUAUGGCGGAGACCAAGGCUACGGGCAAGACCAGGGCUACGGAAACGGCGGCCAGGGCGGCUACGGCGGCGGUGCUGCUGGCGGCUAUGGCCAACAAGGUGGUCAGGGCGGCUUUGGCAAGUGGGACGGCUCAGGCGGCUUCCAAGAUAACAAUUUCGCCAACAACGGGUACAGCGGCGGCUACGGAAACGGCGGUGGUGGCUACGGAGGCGACGAUGGCGGAUACGGUCAACAAAGCUUUGGUGGCCGUGGAGGUGGCCGAGGAAGAGGCCGUGGUCGCGGUGGAUUCGGAGGCGGCUACGAUCAAUUCGGCGGCUCAAAAUCGAUCAAUGACUUCAUGCCAACAGACUGUAGUGAUUGCGUCUUCGUCAGCGGUCUACCAAACACAGUUCAAAAACAAGACAUUUCCAUGUUCUUCGCUGCUGCUGGUCAAAUUAUGAUCGACAAGAAAACACAAAACGAGCGUAUCUUCCUUUUCCUCAACAAAGAGACGAAACAGCCGAUCGGUGACGCCACUGUCACUUAUCAAGACCCCAGCCACGCUGCAGCAGCGAUCGACAUGCUAAACGGAACCGACUUCAAUGGAAACGGCCCAAUUUCAGUCCAACAGGCGACUCCCGAGCAGAAACAACCCUUCGCACAGAAACUGGCAAAACAGUUCCAGAAAGGCGGCGACGGCGGCUACGGAGGUGGCCGCGGAGGCGGUUACGGCGGCCGUGGUGGCGGCGGAGGAUACGGCGGCGGCCGAGGCGGUGGCGGAUUUGGAGGUCAACGAGGCGGCGGCGGAGGAUUCCGAGGCGGCCGAGGAGGUGGUGCUCCAGGCGGCAGAGGCGGUCGAGGAGGACCAAUGCGCGGUGGCGGUAUGGGCCGAGGCCGUGGUCGACCCCAACCUUAUUGA